AAUCAGUGAGAUCGUCAACAGUGGGAAGUGAUUAUGGGAUCGAAAAUCGAUAUUGAGUUGACUGCGGGGCGGAAAAUGCCGGCUCUGGGGUUCGGCACUUGGCACGCUUCUGAGGAGGAGAUUACGAAGGCGAUGGAGGAGGCCUUGGAGGCCGGGUACCGGCAUAUCGAUUGUGCCCCGGUGUAUUUGAACGAGGCAGCUAUUGGGAGAGUCCUGAAGAGGUGGAUGGACGCGGGGAGGGUCACGCGAGAGGAGUUAUUCAUCGUGACAAAACUGCCACCGACAGGCAAUCGUCCCGGAGGCCCCGAAAAAUUCUUAAAGAAAUCGUUGAAAGAUCUUCAACUGGAGUACGUCGACCUUUACUUGGUCCACACUCCCUUCGCAUUCGAGGAAGUCGGUGACGAGCUGCACCCGACGGACGAGGAGGGCAAUUUCCGGAUGGACAAUAGCACCGAUCACAUCAAGGUGUGGGCGGACAUGGAGGCGGAAGUCGCCGCUGGUCGAGCUAAGGCUAUCGGCCUAUCCAAUUUCAAUAUCAAGCAGAUCAAGAGAGUCUUGGAUCACGCGAAAGUUCCAGUGGCUAAUCUGCAGAUUGAACUGCACGCGUAUUUCCAACAGAAUGAUUUGGUCAAAUUCUGCAAGUCUAAAGGAAUAGCAGUGACUGCAUACUCUCCCCUAGGGUCAAGAGGUUUUGUGAAGCUCAUGGGGAAGACCGAGGUCAUCCCCACCAUCAUGGAUAACAGCACAAUCCUGAGGAUAUCAGAGAAGCACGAGAAAACUCCUGCCCAGAUCGCCCUGAGGUUCAUAAUUCAGAGGGGAAUCGCUGCCAUCCCCAAGAGCACGAAUGGGGACAGAAUGCGAAAGAACAUUGAUAUCUUCGAUUUUGAGCUGGACGAAGAUGACAUGGAGGCGUUGAGAGCCCUGGACCAGAGCUCCAACGGGAGAGUCUGUGAUUUCUCCUUUAUUAAGGGGGCUUGCAGUCAUCCAGAGUUCCCAUUCUAAUUUUUAUGACUUUAAGGGGUAACAAGGGCACCGUUUCCUCGAAAUUUUCAA